AUGCGAGGGCAAAUCAGUACGAUUGAAAAAAUCCUUCGAAGAAGGCCACGAAUUUUGAGAUGUUCAGGCGUAGGCCCCGCACCUCAACUAAUAAAAUUCGCUCUAAACGAGAAACGGGUGAGCCAACCUUUUCACUUUUUUCCACUUUUCUCCUCUCGGUUUCAAUAUAAUCUUCUCUGCCAUCUGACUCACUGAGUCCGGAAAACCAUAAGGAAACAACAAAACAAUAGCCUCGGACUCGAAACGAAAUGGUGUCGGACUCAGAGCUAAUCGCCCGACUCCGAGAGUUCUUGAAAGAAUCGGACCUGAACACGACGACUACAGCAAUCGUGCGGCGGAGAUUGGAGGAAGAUUUUGGGAUUGAUUUAUCGGAGAAAAAGAAGUUUAUUAGGGAGCAAGUCGAUGUAUAUCUCCAAAUCCAGUUCGAAAAUGCCGAAGAAGAAGAGCAAGAACAAGACAAAGAUGAUCAGAUGGCGAAGAUUAAAUCAGAGGAAACCGACGACUCUGAUUCGGACGUCGAAGAGGAGGAGAGUGAAAGAACGAGGAAUAAAAGGGCUCCUGCAAAGAAAGGGUCAAAAGGAGUCAAUAAUGAAGUUAAGAGAAGAGGAGGUGGUUUUAACAAAGUAUGUAGACUUUCCCCACAACUUCAGAAACUUCUAGGAGUCCCUGAAUUGGCAAGGACUGAGGUAGUCAAGCAAAUAUGGGCUUAUAUCAGAGAGAAAAAUUUGCAAGACCCAGAUAACAAGAAAAAUAUAAUUUGUGAUGAGCCAUUGAAUGCACUUUUUGGUGUUCAUUCCAUUGACAUGUUUCAAAUGAACAAAGCCCUGUCAAAGCAUAUCUGGCCCUUGGAUUCAGAUGAAGUUGUUUCAGUCAAGUCAACAGAGAAGGAAAAGCAACAUAAGCAUGAGAGAGAAGGAGGUAUGGAUGGUAAAUGACUAAAUUAAGGUCUUCUAUGCAGAAUUUGUUUUGUAUUGACGAGAGCAGUUAGUAUGGCUUAUGCUCACAUCUUGCCCACCAUUGCUAGUAUUAGUAAUAUCUUGCAGCUUGGACUAAAUCAAGGAAGAAUAUUUUGUGUCUUGAUCAAUAUGCUCAAAUGUUUUAUAACUCAAAUCUAUCUAUAAUCCUUAUGAAGUGCUAAAUUUAAUUAUGUUGGCUUUCUUGUCUCAGUUGUUUCAGUCAAGUCAACAGAGAAGGAAAAGCAAUGUAAGCAUGAGAGAGAAGAAGAUCCAGACGAGCCACAAAGAAAGGAAAAGCGACAGAAGGGAUUUCUUGCUCCUCUUCAACUUUCAGA